AUGUCGACGACAAAGGAUCCAAUCGAUGCUCUGGCCUACGUUGUCAACCAUACACAAGGAGUUUCCGAAAGAACAGCAAAACCAGAAAGCCUAGAAAUGUCCGACCCCGAGACCGAACCAAGCAGUGAUCGUCCCGAAUUCGAAAAAAGGCUUUUGCGAAAGAUUGACUUUUGGCUCGUGGGCUUCUACUCACUCGUAUACAUCUUCAGGGUCAUCGACAGCGCAAACUACUCCAACGCCGCCAUCAUCAACCUCGAAGCCGGCACCGGCAUCAAAAAGCAGCUCGGUCUCACGCCGUCGCAGUGGGCUUGGACGCUUUCCAUCUUUUCUUACAGCUACCUCAUCUUCGAGCCCACCAACACGAUCUUGUUGAAGCUGUUCAGGCCCUCGAGAUGGAUGUUCAUCCUGAUCAUGGCGUGGGGUGUGUCAGCAUGCUGCUCCGCGGCGGCGACCAACUUCUCGGGCAUGAUGUGCGUCCGCUUCGCCAUCGGCAUGGCCGAGGCGGGCUUCUUCCCGUCAGUGUUGUAUCACUACGCGUUCUGGUACGGGCCCGAAGAGAUGCCGCAACGCAUCGCCUUCUUCUAUUCCGUAGGCCAGGUCUCUAGUGCGCUGUCUGGUCUGUUAGCAUACGCUAUCUCAUAUAUGGAUCAGCUCGGCAAUGUGUCUGGUUGGCGGUGGCUGUUCAUUCUCGAAGGAUUGCCGGCUAUCUUGCUUGCGUUCUUUGCCUUUUGGCUGCCUGACUAUCCGGAGUCGGCCAGGAUGUUGAACGAGGAGGAGCGGCUGUAUAUGAAGCAGAGGCUCGCCAGCACGGUACCAAAGGGAGAAGCACAUUGGGACUUCAAGUCUCUGAAAUCCAUGGCCAGGGACCCAACACUCUCUACUUUCAGUUUGUACUGGAUUUGUCAUGGCAUCGGGGGGUUCGGGGUUGGUUUCGCUUUGCCGACUGUCAUCUACCAGCUGGGCUUUACUAUUACGGCAUACUCUCAGUUGAUGAACAUUCCUCCGUACGUGACAGCUUUUCUACUCCUCAAUGUCUUGGGCUUUAUGCUGCAGAGAAAGUGGAUUAGGCCAUGGAUGACAGCUGUAGGAAUCGAAUCAACGAUUAUCGUCUGCUAUAUAAUACUUGUCUUCGUCGAGAACCCAGUGGUGCGCUACAUCUGCUUGAUCGUGUCUGUGGCAUGUGCUGGGUGUGCGUACCCGGUAAUCUGGCCCGAACGCAUCAGAGCACUGGAGGGAACGGUGGCCUCAGGAAUCGGGAUUGGCCUGACGAAUGCCUGCGCACAGUUUGGCGGUAUAGUUGGCCCACAUGUUUUCAGCACGGUGUUUGGCCCUCGAUAUCGCAUCUCGUAUGCGGUAAACUUGGCGGUGCUAGUGGUUGGUAUCUGCUCGAUACUGGCUAGCUGGGUGCUGGUUGUCAAGAAAGACAGAAAGCGUCUGGACCAAGUCAGACAAGAGUAA